AUGUCAAUCGGGUCGGGUCAAACCGGCCCGUUGACGGGUCGCACUGGACCCGCCUAUGAUCACCCAAUCUUCUACGCACCAUCAGAUCUGUUUGAGUCCUUGCGCGCACAUCAGCAGCCGCGCUUCCCACUACCAGAGAGUAGUGCGCGCCACCCCACAGAGCAGCGCGCUGUUACAUCUCACGUGCUGGUUACAUCUCACUCUUCUGGUUACAUUGACUCAAUCUGCUCCUCAUUCUCUCAUCUCCUCUCCUUCCAUUCUCUCCCUCACACACUAUCCUUUCCCCCCUCUCUCCCUCUUUCCCUCCCUCCUUCCCUCCCUCUAUCCCUCUUUGCCUCCCUCCUUCUCUCCCUCUCUCCCUCCUUUCAUCAGAAGUAUCCUCACGACUUGGCAAGAGCAGUGGAGGCAGCAGUGGCAUCCCUACAGGCUGUGCUCGCACGAACCUUGCAGCACCGCUCUCCACCUCUGGACGGCACCGAGUCCUCUCCCACUCCCCCCACUCCCAAGCGCCUGGAGCUCUGCCUCGUUCAGAGCCGCGAUGACAUUAUAAGCCCGCCUGUUGUGUUACGUGCACAAGCGGUUGAAAGCGGUGUAGAUGGUUUAGAUGGAUUGCAAGAUGGUGAAAGUGCCUUGCGCGUGAUGCGGACCGUACUUGUCUCCCGCCGAGUAGCCAUGGAGGACGCACAGGCGCGCCGCUCUCGCCUGCGCAGCAUGCGCGAGUCCGCGGCGAAGCAGCAGGCGGCGUCCCCCGGCGUGCCCACGCCUUCCGCCGCCCUCUCCGCACUCCCCUCCCCCGACUUCUCUCCGCCACUUAUCCGCACGCAUCUGCGCGUGCGCCAUCCGGGGAAGGCGGACCUGGGGGAGGUAGAUCUGCUAGACGGCCAGCAGGAGCAGCCACCACAGGCUCGGGGAAUUUCUCACAGGCCUCAUGUGGAGAUCGCGAGCAUGGAGGUGAAAGCCCAGCUGCUGGUGGUGGAGGGGAGAUGUCCCAUGAAGCAUCGCCACAUCUCUUAA